AUGUCAGACCCGGCAGUCCGAAAUGCGAUUGAUACCGCUCUGGAUAGAGUUGCUAAACAGCUUCGGGAAUUGAAUCAUAAUAUCUGGUCCAACCCGGAACUUGCCUACGAAGAGCAUCAGGCGCACGAUAACAUUUGUGAUUUCCUUGAAAGUCAAGGUUUUGCGGUGACCAGGCAUGCAUAUGGUGUCGAUACUAGCUUCGAAUGCAUCAGCGGCACAGAAGGCCGUCUGGUCAACUUCAACGCAGAAUAUGACGCACUACCUGACAUUGGACAUGCUUGCGGACAUAACCUUAUUGCUACCAGCAGCAUUGCGGCAUUCUUAGCAUUGAGCCAUCUCAAAAAAGAAUUCAGGAUCGGCGGUCGCAUUCAGCUGCUUGGUACGCCCGCGGAAGAGAAUGGUGGAGGUAAAGCCAAAUUGCUCGACGCUGGGGCUUAUAAGGAGGUUGAUGUUUCUUUGAUGGCUCACGGAGGACCGAAGAAGAUGGUUGGAGUGCCAGCCGACGGUAUAGCUGGAGUCCUAAUGAAUGCCCGAAAGGAGCUAUGGGUCGAGUACUUUGGAAAAAACGCACACGCUGGAGGAAACCCAUGGGAAGGCGUCAAUGCGCUGGAUGCACUGGUGACGGCAUACAACGGUGUUUCCACUCUGAGACAGCAUAUCCAGCCAGAUGAGCGAAUUCAUGGUGCAUUUUUGGAUGUGCCCAAGGUUGCCAACAUUAUUCCGGCAUACACCAAGUCUUACUGGCAGAUCCGAAGUCCUACUUUGGGUGGACUUGAUAAGCUAAUUGCAAGAGUUCGGCGGUGCAUGGAGGGUGCCGCUACCACCAGCGGCUGCACAGUUAGAAUUGAAGAAGAGGGACUGUACACCGAUAUUGUCCUGAAUGAUACCCUAUGUGAGCGAUAUACAACUCACAUGAAAGGAUAUGGGAAGGACAUCAUUUACAAGCAUGAUCAGGUCUUGACCGGCUCAUCUGAUGUUGGAAACGUAAGCUAUGCGGUUCCGACACUUCACUCGACAUUUGCCAUCCCAACCCCCGAAGGCUCCUACCCACACCACCCCUCUUUUACUGCCUGCGCUGGCACCGAUGAAGCACACGAAGAGGCUAUUAUCGUCGGCAAAGGGCUGGCUCUUCUAGGCUGGGAUAUGUUGACCAAUGACAAGCUCUUCAGCGCUGCUAAGUCUCAAUGGGAAGGACAAAUUCCGAGCAAAGGCGAAAAUUGA